AUGGCAGCAGCUCCUGAGUCAAUUAGAAAAGUUAUCCUACCAGAGGUGAACAAUAAACCCAGUUCACCUGUAGACCUGCACAAAGUGACCGUGUUGCCCGCAUCAGAAUGGGAGAGAAUCCAGGAUAUCGUGCAUGGCAUGAACGAACAGCAGGAGCGUAUCAUGGCAGCUGCAAGACAGCGUGAAGCCCUGCAUCUGCGCUCCAAAGAAGCUGUCAAGAACUGGCCUAACACCAUAGCUGGACAAUGGCAAAAGAAGUUGGAAUUGAGGAAAAUUAAAAAGGAAAUUGAAGAGGAGGAAAAGAAACAGAUUGACCUAGAUGAAGCAAAGUUUCAAGAGCAGAAACGAAAGGAAGCAAUAGAGAGAGCAAAAAAACUGCAGUUCUUCCAGACCGACAGAGUCAAAGGAUUUCAUUCUACUCUGCUGAUGACUGAAGUCCUGAAGGAGAGAGAGGCCCAGAUUGAGCUGAAAAAAAGAAAAGAAAUUGAGGCUAAAGAAUUAGAGAAUAAGCUCUUGGCUAUAAACGCACACAAUGCGGAGCUGGCUUUACAGCAGGAGCAUCAGAAAGCUGUGGAGAGGAAGCAGAAUUUUCUGGCAGUUGCUGAGACUUGGACACAACAGAUUAAGGUGCAUGAGCAGGGAAGAGAGGAGAAGCUAAUGGAAAAGAAGAAAGAGGCAGAGGAACUCAAGAAUUUUCAAGAGCUCUAUUAUAAGGAGCAAAACAAACGCAAGCAGAAGAAGAAAGAGGAGAAGGGAAACAUCAUGAAGGCUUAUCAAGAACAAGUUGCUAAGAAGAAAAUCCUCCUAGAGUCUGAAUCUGAGAAACAAGAACUGGAAGAAGAGAAACGGAAGCUUGUUGUUAAGGCUAAAAACAAACUGGUGAAACUCUGGAAAGAAAAAAAGGCAGAGAUGUUCAGAGAGACUCAGAGAAACAGGGAAGUCGUUGCUGACAAACUGGCAGCAUAUCUCGAACAGCCAGGCAUUAAUGAAGAAGAGCUGAUCUCCAGGGCAGCUGCAGAAGAUGUGGCCAAGCAGGAUAAGUGCCAGCAUGAGAAAGAGGAACAGCAGGCAGCCAUGUUGAGGAGUAUUGCUGAACACAGAGAAGCUGUGGAAAAACAGCUAAAGUGCAAGAAGCAAGAGGAGAAACAGAUGGCUGCUGAGAUGCUUGAAGCAAACAAAGCGUCAGAUCUCCUUUUCCAUAAAGAGCAGAAAAUCAAGGCCCAGAAAAAUAGAGAGACAGCCAAAAUGCUACAAGACAGUUAUGUCUGUCAUAUGACUGAGAAGCAUGCACAGAAUAAGCUACAGAAAAAACAACAGCAGGAAUCUAAGGCGAGGCAUUCAGAGCUUAUUGCAGAUGAAGAGAACCAGUUUCAGGUUUAUGCCACGGAUGUGAUUCAGAGAUCUAAAGAGGCUCAGAGAAACACCUCCCUUCUGCAAAAGGCCUCAAGGGCAGGCUUUGGUGGUGGACGUGGGCCUUUGUUUGAAGGUGUUAGACCAAGUUAUCUAGUUCAUGAUUAUACAGGGGUUCAGCUGCCCAGUUAUGCACACGGUAGACCUUAGGAAUUAAUUAUAUUGCUACAUGUGACUACAUUCAGAAGUCUAAAGGGCGCCUAGGACUUUGCUUGGUUAUCGUGAGCUGUAUUGCUGAUUUGAAUAAAUAAAAAUAACUUCCCUUUGAAAGAA